UUCUGGAGCGGACUAGAAGACCUGAGAGGUCUGAAAGGUUGAUACAGAAGCAGUAGAUAUUUAAUGUAUUUUGGUGCAAAGCCGUUCAGUUAUUUAUAAACUAACAGAAGUGUUUUAAAGUCUAUGAGCUACAGGAAGUGUAAGGACUUUAAAGUUGGGGUGUAGCAGGUUUUUAGUUCCCUCUACGUUCUAAAGGUUUGAGCUAAAUAUUUUUCAUUUCUGCUAGUAGGUUGGGAAGAGAUGAAGCAGUGAUCAGAAAGUCCAGCAUGCAUCUGCCAAUGUUUAAAGUAACAUCGGCUUUGUGUGCUUUUAUAUUUUGGAAGUUCAUUGGAGAUAUUUGCACUGUUAAAAUCUCCAAAAGCAAUGAGAAGGCAGGAUGGAUGUUUUUCCUUUAUGAUUUGUUGUCUUGAAGAAACCUCCUUUCCUCGGUCCUGAGAUGUUUCUCAUGGAAACUGUUUGGAAAAGAAGAGAGUCAAGAAGAACAACCUGUCGUAUCGUCCACCCUGUAAGUUCAUAUAGGAAGUGGCCACUUCCUAUAUGAAUCUUCCUCAUGCGAUGUGAGAAAUGGCGCAGAUUCUCACUCUUCUUUUUUAUCUGUUUCUAGUUGACACACUUCAAAUUCAAGUUUCCUCUGCAGUGACUGAUGUAUUUGUGAAGACUGGAGAUGAUCUUAUUCUUAAUCUCACAGCUAAAGUUCCACCAGAUGCCAUUUGGUCAUGGCAAUUUAAAAAUAAGGCAAUAGCAACAUUUAUAACUGGUAUCAAGUCAACUGUUCAAGAAAGUCACGCUGGAAGAAUCGAAAUUGAUGAAAAAUCCAAAUUCAAACUGAAGAAUCUACUAAAGUCAGACAGUGGUAUUUAUAUUGCAAAGGUUGCAGCACCUCGAGAUGAAGAACUAACUCAAUACAAUGUUACAGUUCAAGAUCCAGUGUCUCCAGUUGAUCUCACCUUUACCUGCUCAUCCAGCUCCUCCUCCUAUAACCUGACAGCGACCUGCAGGACAGACGACAUCAGUGUCACUCUGAGAUGUGAUUAUUUAACCUGCGACCAGGAAGAAGAAGAGAGAAGAUCGAUCACCAGAUCUGGUUCUUCUCUUCUUAUCUACAAGUCGAAAGAGUCAAUCGUCUGUAGCCAUAGCAACCGAGUCAGCAGGAUUGAAACCAUCAACCAGAUCGACAAUCACUGCUUUGAACUUGCUAAAAGGAGAAUCAUGACAAUCAUUAACAUCACUAGAAUAAUCCUGGCUGCAUUACUGGUUGUAGUUUUCACUGUAACUGUCGUUAUAAGAAAAUGUAAAAGGAAAACCAAGCCAGAGGAAGUGAUGUACGAGUUUCCAGAGUGACACCAGGUGAACCAGACAAACAGAUUCUGCAGACGAGUCAUUUUGCCUCAUGAAGUUUCUAACAGGAGAGACUGGAAAUACCUUCAGACAAACAGAGGAAACCUGUUCAUCAUCACAUAAACUGGGUUUUUUUAAAUUAUUUGAAAGUAAUAAAUUUAGAUUACAAGUUAUGUUAUUAGUUUUUUAAAUUAAAAUUAAAAUUAAAAUAUCUAAUGUUAUGAUUAUCUAACAUGGAUUCUCAGUGCCAUCCGCUGGAUUAGUAGAGAAAGAACUGAGGGAAUAAAGUGAUCCACAUUUUAAAAAGUGCAAGAUUAUUAUUAAUCCCCCAAAGAUCCAACAAAAUGUUUAUUUUGUUUACAUGUCUUUUUAUGUUUUCUAUUCUUAUCUAUCAGUUCUGUUGUUGAUAAUGUAAUUUUUAUAUUUCUCCACACAGUAAAUAAAAUAUCAUUCUCGGA